CCACCCCUGUAGCUCCCCCACUACACAACUUUGACAUUGGUUGACCCUGCAGAUGAGAGGGUCAGGCAGCUCCCACCAUGUCAUGUCCAUGCCAGCGUGCAACAGUGAUCCCUGACGGAAUAGUCCCUGCCGAGCCAGUCUGUCCCCAGCCUUGCCUUCCCGGGUCCCUGUCCCAGCGCCAGGCUGCAGAGCCAUCUGGCAGCAGGUCCCCUUGCACUCUGCUUUAUUUUGUGCACAUCUGGUGGCUUUCAGAGUGAUGUGACAAAGCAGAGUGGGUGCCACCUCCCAAGUUCCCUGCGAGCCGGGGUGAAGCCAUUGCCCCUGGGCACAUGAAAAGCUGCCUGGAGAAUGGAGAGGUGGAAUGCAAAGCCCAGAACCCGCUGUCUCCCAAUUACCAGCUGAGCAAUCAAAGCAACACAUGCCCUACAAAUAUCACCCAAUUCAUUGGCAGCAGGAUGAGUAUGGGCAAGCAGAGCCUGGAAGGAGCCAGACCGCUUCCCUCAUCACAGCCUGGACACCCAGAGCACGGCCACUGCUCUGUGGCUGGUGUCCCCAAGUGACAUCCCACCGGGCUGGAGGUACACAUGGUGCCACUGACCCAGGAGAGCUCCGAGCAUCCUGCUGCAGGAAGAUACAGCCUCUUCCAGCAGUGCAGCAGGCUCUUAUCACCCACCCGCAGCUGGGCAAAGGGAGGGGAGCUGUGGCAGACCUUGUGGUGCAAACAGGAUGGGGGCACUGCAGGAAUGUCAGCAGGGAACUCCCAAAUUCAAGAGUUAGAUGAGGUUACAUGCCCGCCGGCAGCUUCAGGAGGCGGUCGCCAAGAGGAAAGGAGACAGAAGGUCCAGUGGUGUGGUCGCCCCCAGAGGAGUGAAGGUGCUGGACACCCAGCUGUGCUCUCCAGGCCAUCCAGCCCCUCCGGACCUGGACCUGCUCACUCAGACAAGCUGGAAAUGCUGUGCAAGCCCAGUCCAGCCGUGAGCUCAUGAGGGUGUCAGGGGAGUGGAGAGCAGACUGAAGGCCUUCAGACCCAUCCAAAAUUUCCUUUCCUGGUGUCAGCCUGCAGGGAAUCCUGCCUCCCCUCCUGUUGAUUUUCUGCAGACUUGCUGGUACCCAGGAUGGAGAGAGAAGAGAGGGAGACCCUGGCCAAUGAGGUGGAGGAGAUGAGUGGAAGAGCUGAUGUGACCCUGGACCCAGACACCGCCAACCCCUUCCUCAUCCUGGCUGAUGACCAGAAAGGCGUGGGACGAGGGGACAAGUGGACCUCGCUGCCCAACAACCCUGAGCGGUUCGACACGGAGCCGUGCGUGCUGGGCAGCCAGGGCUUUGCUGGGGGGAGGCACUGCUGGGAGGUGGAGGUGGCUGAGGGGGGGGACUGGUGGGCUGUGGGGGUGGCCCAGGAGUCUGUCAGGAGGAAGGGAGUCCUCAGUUUUACUCCCCAGGAGGGGAUCUGGGCCGUGGGACAGUGGUUUGGACAAUACCACGCUUUCACUGACCCCGACUGGACCCCCCUGCACCUUGCCUGCCUCCCCAAGGCCAUCCAGGUCUGCCUGGACUUUACAGACGGGCAGGUGGCAUUUGCUGAUGCUGAAAAUGAAGCCCCAAUCUUUGCUUUCUGCCUGGCUUCAUGUCCCAGGGAGAGGCUACGCCCAUGGCUCUGGGUGGGAAUGGACUCGUGGCUCAAGCUGAGCCCCUGACAUGGAGGGAACGUGGGUAGCAGGGGGAAGGCUGGAAAGGUGAACACCAUCAUCUUGGGUCUUGGUGCUGGGAACUGGGAGGGUCCUGCAUCCUGCCAGCGUCUCCUCGCAUGGUUCCUCUGGCCACCAAGUGGACAUCUCCAGGACUGGCAGGUCCUGGAGAUGGACUCUGCCAAAGAGCCUCCAUCAUCCCCUCCACCCCACAGCUGGGACUGCAGAGACAAAGGGGGGGGCACAGAGACUGGGUGCAUGGAGGAGCUUGGUGCCAGGUGGCCCCGGAGCAGAGAAGCAGCAUCGAGUGCCAGGGCACUGCAGAGCUGCUCUGUACAAGGCCAUGAAAAAUACAGCAGGUUCAAACUCCUUAAAAGGUGCUGGAGUAGCGUCUCUGGCUUAUUUUUUUCAAUUAAGCUUAAUGAUUAAGUUAAAAAAA